GGCGUGAAGCGCUGGAGCUGCGGGUCUCCGGUCGGGAGGCCAGGGUACUUGGGUUGCAGCGCGCAAGCGCAGCAGGUCUCGGCCAGGGGCGCGCGCCGCUGCGGGACUCAGCACGCAGGCGCGCGGUCCUCCCCACUAAGGGCAAGCGCCGGCCGGGCAUUCGUGCGCAGGCGUCUCUCGGGGAGCGGAACCCUGGGGGUGGGCCCCGGAUUUCCGGUCUCGGGUGCAACGAACGGCCGCGGCGGCGACAGCUACCGCUUGAGCGGCUGCAGAGGAGGAAGAAGAGGAGCUGGGCAAGGCCGGAACCUCUGGCGGGAACCCUCGUAAUGGGUCCGCGGACCUAGACCUGUGAAAGCUACCGGCCCGGUGCCGAGCUGGCCCCUGCUCCUUCCUGUGGCUCCCAUGGCUGAGGAGUGGCUGGACUGCCCAGCCCUGGGCCCUGGCUGGAAGCGUCGUGAGGUUUUUCGAAAGUCAGGUGCCACCUGCGGACGCUCAGACACCUAUUACCAGAGCCCCACAGGAGAUAGGAUCCGAAGCAAAGUUGAGCUGAUUCGAUACCUGGGCCCUUCGUGCGACCUCACUCUCUUCGACUUCAAACAAGGCAUCCUGUGCUAUCCAGCCCCUAAGGCCCCAUCCUUGGCUCUCCCCAGCAGGAAGCGGAAGAAGCCUUCGAAGCCUGUUAAAGCUCGAAAAUGUCAGGUUGGAUCCAAGAGGGUUGAGGUCCGAAAGGAGGCCCCAGGGGCUAAAGCCAAGGCUGAUGCUGACACAGCCCCAGCUUCGCUCCCUGCACCUGGGCACUGUGAGAACUGUGGAAUCAGCUUCUCAGGGGAUGGUACCGGAAGGCAGCGGCUCAAGACAUUGUGCAAGGACUGCAGAGCGCAGAGAAUUGCUUUCAACCGGGAGCAGAGGAUGUUUAAGCGUGUGGGCUGCGGAGAGUGUGCAGCCUGCCGGGUAACGGAGGACUGCGGGGCCUGUUCCACCUGCCUCCUGCAGCUGCCCCAUGAUGUGGCCUCAGGGCUGUUCUGCAAGUGUGAGCGGAGACGGUGCCUCAGGAUUGUGGAAAAGAGCCGAGGGUGUGGAGUAUGCCGGGGCUGUCAGACCCGAGAGGACUGUGGUCGUUGCCGAGUCUGCCUUCGCCCUCCCCGCCCUGGUCUCAGGCGCCAGUGGAGGUGCAUCCAGCGGCGCUGCCUACGACAUCUUGCUCAUCGCCUGCGUCGCCACCAUCAGCGAUGUCAACGACGCCCUCCCCUAGCUGUGGCUCCCCCUGCUGGUAAGCGUAGCCGCCGCAGGGGAGGCUGUGACUCCAAGAUGGCUGCCCGGCGGCGUCCCAGAACCCAGCCACUACCUCCGCUUCCUCCACCUCAGCCUCCAGAGUCCCCAGAGCUGCACCCCAGAGCCCUGGGCCCCUCAUCACCUGCUGAGUUCAUCUAUUACUGUGUAGACGAGGACGAGCUACAACCUUACACAAACCGCCGGCAGAACCGCAAGUGUGGGGCCUGUGCAGCCUGCCUGCGACGGAUGGACUGUGGCCACUGUGACUUCUGCUUCGACAAGCCCAAAUUCGGGGGCAGUAACCAGAAGCGCCAGAAGUGUCGUUGGCGCCAAUGCCUGCAGUUUGCCAUGAAGCGCCUGCUGCCAAGUGUCUGGUCAGGGUCUGAGGAUGGGGCAGUGUCACCCCCACCUUACCCUCGUCGAAAGAGGCCUGGAUCUACUCGACGGCCCCGUGUGGGCCAUACCUUGAAGACACCCUCGGGCACGCCCACAACCCGACCAAACCAAGCCCAGACUCCAGUGAAACAGGAAGCAGGCAAUGGCUUUGUGUUGCCCCCGCCUGGCACUGACCUUGUGUUCUUACGGGAGGGUGCAAGCAGUCCCGUGCAGCCUUGUUCCGGGAAGCUGGGACCAAGUCUGCUGCAAUCCUCCUUCACACAGGGGGCCCAGUGCCCUGGCCUGAGUUGGGUUGUGGUCUUACCCCAGGUGAAGCAAGAGAAGGUGGAUGCUCAGGAAGACUGGACACCAGGCAGAGCCAUCCUGACCUCUCCCGUAUUGCUGCGAGGCUGCCCCAGCAAGGCAGUAGACUCAGGCCUGCCACUUGUGAAGCAAGAGCCACUUGACCCUGAGGAGGACAAAGAGAAGAGCAAGGAUGACUCAGCCUCUGAUUCGGCCCCAGAGGAGGCAGGAGGGGCUGGCACGCCAGUGAUCACGGAGAUUUUCAGCCUGGGUGGAACCCGUCUUCGGGACACAGCGGUCUGGUUGCCAAGUCUGCAGGGCAGGCAUUCGGGAAGGGAAGAUGGAUGUAAAUGUGGGAGACCGAGGACACAUUGGCGCCCACAAGCACAAGCUGGACCCCCCUGCAGAUGGCCUGGAACCCAUGUCACUCACCACCUCCAACUUCGAUGACGUGGGUGUCCUGCAGAAGAAACUGGUGCCCUUCACCACAGAGUUGAAUAUGCAUCUGGCCUAGGAAUUUGAGAAGCUGAAGGAGGAUCCUGGAGAGGUGGAGCAGCCUCACACCUAGGAGGCGAGCCAGCAGAUAAAUGACAACAUGUGAACUGCAACAGUGCCUGGUGCUCCUGCACCAACUUUCAAAGCUUAAAAACAACAUGCUGCUGUUUCACUUCUCCCCUGCAGUUAGCACAUAAAAUGUUUCUUGUGGCCCAUUCUAACCGGAAGCGUAUGGGGAAGGGAGUUCUGGGAAACCUAGGCUAGUCAACGUGACGCAUCACAAAGCCACCCUGUCAUGAAUCCGCUCCAAAGGGUCUCACUACUUAACCUGAGGAUAGCUUCAUAACUACAUUGCUGGAAAUGCAAAGUGGAAGGAAGACCAUGGAUUUCAUGGUGACCCAGCAAUACAGAAAUUCCGUCAAACCCACCCAGUAGAAAUGUGGGUCUCAGCUCUUUGUCACUAUUGAGAACUUAAUACUGGGGUACAGGGAUGAAAACGAUAUAGUCCAUGCAAUUUUAUUAAAUACAUCAAUAUGUAUUGCAAAUGGUGAAUGGAUUUCCAACUUUCAUGAAAUUUGUAGAAUUCAGAAAACUAUCAAGAGGAUAGCCCUUGUAUGAACCUUGUUGGGGCCCAAUAGGAAUUGGAAAUAAUAUAGUUUUUGUCUCUAAUCUGUUCUAUUUUAAAAUUAUUUUUAAAUGA